AAUAUAUUUAAGGAUGAUGUUUUGCCUAAUGUUGAAUGUGCCUUUAACAGGCUGGAUUCAUUGGAGAAUCCAGUGAAGCCUCCAAUAGUGAUAUACAAACAUACGAAUCACUGGGACAAACUCAAGAUGGGAUUGGAGCCGGCUGAUCAACAAAUUGUGGACAGAUUGCGAAAGCUAAAGGAUGAGGAACGAAAUGUUUCGUUGCCAACCGUCGGGCAGAUACAACAGAGAUUGGCAUUGUUGAAAGAUCAAAAUCCAGAGGCUGGUGGAAGUAACGUCAUAAAUGUACGUGACAUUAUGUGUAAA